AUGGCGCGUGGACAGAGGGAGCCGAGUGUCAAUGAGGAUGCGGUAGACACCCAGGAGUUCAGAAACCUGCUGUUGGAACUUCAGGAUUACCGGGAGACAUCGCUGGGGCUCGUGGCGCGUCACCUCCAGCCCGCGUUUCAGAAGAAGAGGGUCUUGUGCAAGGCCUUCUACGAGCCCCACACUGGCCGGCAGGGUCUCGCGGGCAACGAGGCGUCAUGGCCGCCAGAUGCGCGCAUCAUGACGCCCAAGUGCCCUCUGCAAGGUCUCCGGUGGAACAUCAAGCAGGACGCCGUCGCAGCGGAGAUGAAGCGGCAGGGCGCGGAGGGGGUGGACAUCAAGUUCUGCCUGAACUGGCACAGGAACGAGUUCCAGAACGACGGGCAGCUGGUGAAGGGGGUGAACACCGCAGGCUACCCGGCGUGCUCCAACGACGCCAACUCACUCGCGGCGCUCAUCCAUCUGAUGGUCCUGGAGCACCUGGAGCUCAUCGCGUCCCCCGACGGCGGCAUGACGGUGCUGGGGGACGUGCUCGCGGACACCCCGAGGCAGUUCCAGGAGCCGCGGGCCACGGGCGGGCCGUCUGUAGGCACAGAGUCCUCCGAGAUCGCGUCAGCCGCAGGCGCGGAGGCUGUGGCGGAGGGCGGAGCUGCGCCGGAGGCGGUGGAGGCGCCGUUGGAUCGCGUCGCUGCCAGCGCGGCUGCAACGAGCGCUCUUCUCCUCCCCGUCGCAGCCGAGGUCUCACCACAUCGAUGCGAUUUGGCGUUCCUCGCGGACCCCUCCGAGACCGAGCGGCGCAUUCUACUGGCGAAAGGCUUGAAGACCAAGCUGGACAUGGCCAGCUUGCGCAUGGAGACUCUCGACAAGAUGUUCGGCCUCCCCUCGCCCGCGUUUCUGGCCACGCGGGCUGCAGCGAGUCGCCUCUUGGCUGCUCGAGUCCACGAUUCCGACGAGGAAGAGAAGGACAAGGCUUCCCGCGCGAAGGCCGCCGACCUGCUCAUCGAGGUCUUCGGCCAGAACUUGGUGGACGUCAGCGACUUCCAGCACGAGGCCGAGCAGUCCGGUGUCACGCAGUGUCUGACACAUUACAGGGGCGCGCUUGCCAACUCAUUCGAAGCAUCUGGCAUGAUGUUUGCGGGCGGCGUUUUGCGGCGUUGGCUCCAGUGGGUGGGAUAUCACACGUGCUCGGCUCGGGCCCUGGCGGAGUGCGCGGCUAAAGGGAAGGUUCGGCAUGGGGCUGUUGUUUUCGUCGCCGGGCCCACCAGCGAGAGCCCGAGGCGCCGCGCCCUCGGUGCCAUGUGCGCUUUGCUGCAGCAUCAUGCCCCCGAUGCGACGCACUUCGUGCCCGACUCCAUAUUGUCUGCUGGCAGUCCAUGA